AUGAAUGUGGCACUUGUAUUUGCGCUCGCUGCAAGUCUCGUGUUUACAACUGUAAAAGGCACACUUCAGAGAGAUGUCAUCACGUACAUUAAUGUAUUUCGUCAUUUACAUUCCGUGGGGCCACUAUUAGUCGAUGACGUCAUCCAGAAGAGCGCUCAAAAUGCGGCCACGUUAUUUAUGAAAGCAAAAACCAAAGAUUCCGUACCUAUUUACAGAUAUAGCGCCAACUUUUGUACUUAUAGCGGCUCUGAAGCAAACCUGGAUCGCACGUGCGUGAUAUCAUGGUACGUCUCAAUGAAGUAUUACAUUUGGUGCUAUCCUCGAGCCGAGGGCCAAGCUCUGCCAUUUGUCAACAUGAUUUGGAAAGCAAGCACUAAGGCAGGAGUGGGAAUAGCGAAGGGAAAUGAUGGAACUUUCUACGUGGUGGUCUACAUUGCUUUGCAAGAUGAAAAUAACGUCGCAGGAAACGUGCCACCAGUGAAAAUCGUUAUGGAGGCAAGCCCAAAAGCCAAGUGUCCGCCUGGUUAUUCACGAUUUCGCACUUCUUGCUUCAAGUACGAAACUACAGCAGUGACCUGGGACGAGGCCGUGACACGCUGCGCAAGAGAAAAUGCCACUUUGGCCUCAAUCCGGAAUGUUAAGGAGGAAGAAUUUGUAAGAGAUCUACAAAAGACGGGAUCAGGUGUAGAAACUUGGAUAGGCCUGCAUGACAGUUUGCAUGAAGGACGCUUCAAGUGGUUCGAUGGAGUAAGAUUCCAUAAGCAUGUGUGCGUACCAGUGCACGCUGAUGGCGGCAACGUGGAAAAUUGUGUGGCAUGGAGCAUUAACAAGCCAAAGGGCUGCUGGGAUGAUAGACGUUGCAAUGAAAAGAUUCCAUUCACAUGCAGGAUUCCUAUUGAAGGCAAAUCAACUUACAGAACAGAGGUUUUGUUCAAAAAAUUCCGUUGGAGACCUAAUUAUAAGGACAAGAGCUCCAAAGCGUACAGAGAUCUGGUGAAUGGCAUAAAAGUAACGUUCAAAGAAAUCUUCACGCGGAUGUCAGGAAAAAAGAAAGGAGGGUUUCGAAAAGUCAAGGUCAAAGGCGUUAGGGCAAUCUCUUUUAAAGGAAGGCCCGCAGGUUUGGGGAUCGCGGUUUCAAUCAAGUUCAGAUCGUUUACCCCAGACCCUACCCUCCGAUUCCAGAAAUUUCUGCGUCCGUCAGAGAAACUUUUAAGUAUGGCCAUUGACAAACCAGAUAAGGUCGUAGGAAGGACAGGGAGAGCUGGAAACUACUGCUACAGUACAUGUGGCCAUCAGAGCAAAUGCAGUGCCUCGCUCCACCAGCCCUCUUAUGGUUAUUACCCAACAUACCCUGCACCUUCUCCUCCGCCGUACGCCACUCCAGCUUACUCUGUCUACUACCCAGGGGGCGUGCAGACAGUAACAACCACCGGUGAUUCUUACCCGUCAGGGUGUCCGAUGUCAUGCAGUCAGCAUCCUACACUGGAUUGUUAUAUGCAGUGCAAUGACGAAUGCUGCGAAAGCAGGGAUGGUAAAAGGAAAUGGAAGACCAAUGCGCUGACAGCUAAGUCCAAAGAAAAAUCUGCAAAGCUAAACGGUGAUCUUACUGACGAAGAAAGAAAACGGUCUAAACACAAACCUGAUGUUUUAGAUGACAAAGUGAUAACAUCCCAAGACAACACUGACAGCAUCACACAAGCAAGUAAUGUAGAAAAUGCGGAAAAUGGUAUUUCAGAUGAUCUCAUCGACGAAGAAAGGAAACGGCCUAAACACAAGACUAAUGCUUUAGAUGACAAAGCGAUAACAUCCCAGGACAACACCACACAAGCACAUAAUGAAGAAGAUGCGGAGAAUGCUAUUGCAAAUGAUAUCACUGACGAAGGAAAAAAAUGGCCUGAACACAAGCCUAAUGUUUUAGACGACAAAGUGAUAACAUCCCAUGACGACACCUACAACAUCACACAAGCAAGUAAUGUAGAAAAUGAGAAAAACGUUAUUGCAGAUAAUCUCUUUGACGAAGAACGAAAACGACCUAAAGACGAGACUAGUGUUUUAGAUGACAAAAUGAUAACAUCCCAAGACACGGCACAAGCACAUGACAUAAAAGAUGCAGAGAAUAUUAUUAUAGCCCUUAAGAAAAAGAUAAAAAGUCUUCAGAUUCGUCUAAAGAAAAAGCGUCGCCCCGAAGAACACAACCAACUCGACAAACUUUUGAACGAUUCCAUUGGAUCAAAUGAAGACUAUAACAGCGCCACGUCAAACGAAACCGAACUGUCGAGUUAUGAUGAGAAAGACAACGACAGAUACGACCAAGGAAGAAACCAAUCGACGACAACUUCACAUAAUCUCAUUAAUGAUGAUGACCAAGAACCGAGCAACUCUCACGAUGAAGGAGAGUUACAUAAUGGGUUGGAAAAUGACACAAGAACCGCCAUGAAUGAAAGUAGUUACAAUGAAGAGAACAACGUAAGCAUCACAAAUAAUGACAAAGAACCAGGCGUUGAAAUUGACGCCCUGAUAAACGAAGAGAACAAGAUUAGCCCAACCCAAAACCCCACUGUCCAGAUUACAAAUGAAAUUAUUGAUGACAAGGAGAAGUUGAAUAAAAACUCAGUUGUUGAUAUGGACGACCUUGAUGAAAAAACUGCACAAGAACCCGACGAAGACGAAAGUAGGAGCCGCAGUAUUUUAACUGAGCCACCGAGUGAACUAGGGCUUGAUAGUUUAAAGGAUACUGCGAUAGAUCCAACAGAGGAGCUGCUGAAUGAAGAAGCAAUUGAUGAUGCCGGUAAAUUUGGAAGAAAAAGAAAUUUUAUCCGUAAACGGAAAAAGCCACAUUAAAAUCACUCGACAAAUUCCUGCAAUUUAAACAAAUAACCACUUUGUGUUAAUUCCAGUUCAUUCAUGUAAAGACUUGGUAAUUGUUUUUAUUGCCACGUACCAUUAAAAGAAAACAAGGUGCAAAAUUUUUCCGGGCACCGUCUAAAAAUAAGGUCUUUGCCAAACAAAGGGAAAAAAAGUUUUUUUAAACACCCCUAUGCCAAUAAGUAACCUAUUAUGAAACGCACCCAUAUUCUAACGUCACCAGAAGUAGUAGCAGACGAAGAAGCGGGAGCAGAAGCAGAAGUAGUUGCAGUAGCAGUAGCAGUAGCAGUAGAAGCAGUGGCAAUAGCAGUAGCGCUAGAACAAGCAGCUGUAGCAGUAGCAGCAGAAGCAAAAGUAGUCGCAGUAGCAGCAA